GUCAACUGCAACGGCUUCACAAUUGAGGAUGAAGAACUCUCUCAUCUGGGAUCAGCCAUAUUUCCUGAUGUUGCAUUGAUGAACCAUAGCUGUUGCCCAAAUGUGAUUGUAACGUACAAGGGGACCUUGGCUGAAGUCAGAGCUGUUAAAGAGAUUGAGCCUGGAGAAGAGGUUUUUACCAGCUAUAUUGACUUGUUGUAUCCCACAGAAGACAGAAAUGACCGGUUAAGAGACUCGUAUUUCUUUGAUUGUGAUUGCAGGGAGUGCAUUACGAAAGAAAAGGAUAAAGAGAAACUGGAAAUCCGCAAGCUGAAUGAUCCUCCAUCAGCAGAGACAGUACGGGACAUGAUCAAAUAUGCCAGAAAUGUGAUUGAGGAAUUCAGGCGAGCCAAACACUACAAAUCUCCUAGUGAAUUACUGGAGAUCUGUGAGUUCAGCCUGGACAAGAUGGGUGCAGUGUUUGAAGACAGUAAUGUUUAUAUGUUACAUAUGAUGUACCAGGCCAUGGGUGUCUGUCUCUACGUGCAGGACUGGGAAGGUGCACUGCGUUAUGGGCAAAAAAUUAUCAGACCGUACAGUAAACAUUAUCCCUCCUACUCGCUGAACGUUGCCUCCAUGUGGCUGAAAUUAGGGAGACUCUACAUGGCACUGGAGAACAGGACGGCUGGAGUUAAUGCCCUGAAGAGGGCAAUUGCUAUCAUGGAAGUAGCACACGGGAAAGAUCAUCCAUACAUUUCAGAGAUCAAAAAGGAAUUAGAGGACCACUGAGCCUUUGAAUCUAUGCAAUCCUUCAAACCUUUAUUUAAAAAGCCUUGUUAUGGAAACCUUCAGGAGCGCUUUGAUAAGCGGUAGAGUAUGAACACAGUUCUGUCCUGUAAUUGGAAUGACAAACACACUUAGGCCUUGCAAAAUGUUCCUACCUUCCACACAGCUACAAUUGCCUUUAUUUUUUACGGAAGCAUCCAUGGUUUCUUAAAGGUUAUGCCUUUUGACAGCUCAUGUGCAAAAAAUAGCCAUUUUUUUUGUUCAUGGAUUUUAAUGUUUAUCUUAUUUGUGUAAAGUAAAUAAAGUGGUCUUGACCUCUCUUGA